GAUGAAUCCUACUAUAAUUAAUAUCAAAAUGUUAACUAAUUGUCAUCUUAGCAACACUCCCCAAUAUUAAUAUAGAGGAAAAAAAUACCAUUCUAACUAAUGUCGAGAUGUUAACUAAUUGUCAUCUUAGCAACACUCCCCAACAUUAAUAUAGAGAUGGUAUUAAGGAAAGAACUAUUAAUUAAUAUUCAAGGAAAGAAGUUAAGAAAAUAACUCACAACUUUAAUAAUCAACAAGCUUCAAGAGCAACACCAAGAAUGGAAGUUUAGCUCCUCAUUUGGAGACUAAACAUAGCUAGAAAAAUAUAAAGAAAUGCUAUUCUAAACUGAGCUUAAGAGUAUGGAAGAAGGGAUGAUUUUUAGAGGAGAAAAGGAGUGCUAUUUAUAGGUAUUUUUCAACACCUUUGGCCGGGUACCCGACCGGGUCAAGUACUCACCGACCGGGUCCGGUCAAAAUCAGAUAUUUGCCCACGUUCUGGUGAUCUUCGGCAUGUUAAAGUGUCCGAGUCAAGUCAGACCCGACCGGGUGAGUGCAAAAAUUGGAUAUUCUUCACGUUCGGGUGAUCUUUGCACACCGGGUUGUCCCCGAUCACUUCUCACCCGACCGGGUGAGGUAGUGGGCCCGACCGGGCCAUGCACUUUCUUUGCAUUUUCGUUUUUCACUUCUUACCCGACCGGGUCAAGUGUUAUACCCGGUCGGGUAUUUGCUCCUGGGCAGCCAAAUCUUCUUUUUCUUCACUUCAAAGUCUUCCUUUCCAACACCACAAAUCCUAACUAAACUUUACAACUGACAAAUAAAGACUAAAAUACAAUUACAACUGAAAUCACAUAAAUGUUUACAAACUAAAUAAAACGUCAAACAAUUAACAUAAAUCAAACAUAAAAACAUGUAAUUAUGCACUACUAAUUAGUGUGCAUCAGGACCGUUUAAGCCCAUAUACUCCAUCAAAGGUAAAUGAGAAAAGUGUCAAAUUGGCCCUCUUACUUUGUACGAAAAGUCAAUUCAGCCCCGGUACUUUAGGUUUCCUCAAUAAUGCCCUGCUUUGAAAAUUUCCUCAAAAUCCGAUUAUUAGCAGGCAACUCGCCAGUCAACAGGUUACCUGCUAACGUGGCACACACGUGGCAUGACGGGGCACAAACCUGGCAACCCAUGUCACCAUUUUAUUUUUCCUUUUCUUUUUCUUUUUGGGAAGCUCUCCGGUGCAUCCUUAUUGUGGAUACACGGGUGCAUCAAUACAUGUGUCAAAAUUUCAGUCGAUAUAUAUUCCACAUUUCCACACAAUUCAUGUCACUAAAAUUAAAAAAAUGCAUAAUGGACCUUCACCAUUAAAAAAUCAUUUACGUCCCCCUCCUAUUCACCCCAGCAGUCGGCCAUUCAUAUUGUUGACAUUUCAUCUUCUCCGAACAAUUUCGAGUGAAUUAGGAAUUAAGAACUUCAAAUCAAUGCCAUUGGAACCAAGCAUUGUGGUCAAGGCCCUCAUUUAUGUAGUGUUACUGAAAUAAUCUGGCAAUCCUUCUUCCAGUUUGAGAUGACCACCUCCACCGAUGGCAAUCCAUGAACGAUGCAGACUGAGGUUAAAUCACCUCCACCGGCUCAUUUUGGGGAUACCUUUAAAUUGCCGUCAGGUGCAGGAUAGGGUUUUUUGGUCUUUGGAAGACAAAGGAAAUUUUUCUGUACACAGCUGUUAUCGGGCUUUAGUGGGUGAUUAUCAUCACGACUAGGCAGUGGGACACUGGGAUGGGAUCGGGUGUGGAAGUUUAAUAUUCUACCUAAAGUUAAGGCAUUCUUUUGGCUGACUUGUGCGGGAUAUCUCCCUACUACGGAUAGGCUUGUGAGUCGGAGGGUAGAGUGCCAAACAUUUUGCUCAUUACGUUCCCUAGAUAAGGAGAUGAUAGUGCACGUUUUCACAUCGUGUCAUAUAUCUACACAGAUUUGGGGAAAUUAAAGUUUCGAUGGAAUUUCCCGGUUGGUGUGGGAGGUAUUUUCUUAGAGUGAGUGCACAAUUCCCCCCCCCCCCCCCCCCCCUCCCCCCCAAAAAAAAGAUAUCGAGAGUUGUUGUAUGUUGUUAUGAUUUUAUGGAGCAUUUGGCGAGUUAGAAAUGCGAAAGUAUGAGAACAGAAGAUUGCUACCGUGGAUGGCAUAAUUGCUAAAGCUAGUACUUAUCUAGAGGGUAGGGGUGGCGUAGAGCUCACGAGGGGGGAUUGAAACAGACGCAGAGGUGUGCCGGUGUGGUACGAUGGCGUAGCCCAGAGGAGGGGCGGUUGAAGUUGAAUACAUAUGCGUCCUAUUUAACUAGUAAUGUACGCGAUCUGGGUUGGGUGAUUCGGGAUAGUGGGGGCUUUUUGUCGCAGAAGGGGCUCAAAAUGGAUUGGUUGUUCCCCUCAGGCAGCGGAAGCUAUGUCCAUGCACGAGGCACCAAGCUGGCUAAAGCAGCAGGUUGGGACAAUAUUGAUGUCGAGUUUGAUGCGUUGCAGAUUAUUAAAAGCAUUUCUUAUGGAACGAUUGAUUCGAUUGCGGGUUUGCUCAUUGAUGAUAUUAGAGAAAUCUCUUCUAAUUUUAUUAGUAUUUCUUUUUCUCAUGUGAAACGAUCUGUGAAUCGGAUAGCUCAUGAUCUACCAGGGGCUGCUGUUUCUCUGUCUGAUCGCUAUGUGUGGCUUUAUAGUUCCCCUUCUUGUAUUUUGGCUUCGUUGGACUUUCAUUUCAUUAAUAAUAAUUAACUAGUUUUCUUUCAAAAAAGUAUUUGAUAGAAAUGAUGUGAUGAUUUUUAUUAAAUUUGUUUAGUAAUUAGGACGACACUUGCUUUGACCGUUUGACGCUAAUUUCUGGAAAAG